AUGAGCACUCAAUACACAACUGUUAUAGAUGAAAACGCCAAACACGUUGCUGAUAUGGAAAAUAAAUUCAGAGAUGUAUUUUCUACCGGCAAAAUAGUUGGCACUUUAUUCGAUGUCAGAGAAGCUGCUAAGGCUUUUGGUGUGAAGCACAACUUUCCAUUUGUUACUUACAAAUCGAAUCAAAAGCUCAUUCACUUGAUGCGCAAUCAUGGAAAAGAGUAUGAAAACAAUUGCAAGCGUAUCUUUGGAGACGAAAAGGCCGUCGUUUGCCAAAAGGACACUCAGCGCAUUGGUUGUUCUUGCUACAUUUACGCAAGCAAGAACAAAUUCCAGCAGUUCAAAAUUCACAGAUCACACACACUACAUUCUCGCCAAAUGACUACGGGUUGCCAAACAUACGCUGUUUUCGGUCAUUUGGACGCAAUGAAACUUAAAACUGUGUGCAAUCUUUUUGAAAACAUGAAGUGUAAUGCGAGCUCUAUUUUGGAGCAUUUUAAAUCAAAGGAAUCCGAGUUCAGUGAAGUUCUCAACUUUGUUAACAACUUGAAAACAAAAGGUUAUCUUGUUAAGUGCAUUGUAAUUGAUGCCACGUAUAAGACCAACUCCCACGGGUUGAUGCUGCUCAACGUGGUUGGCACGAGUAACACUACAGGAGACUAUUCUGUGUUUCCUGACGCUUUAGUCGCAAACACCUCUUUGGAGCUUUCAAAUGUGUUUGUCACGGAUAACGAAUCUGCUUUGCGACGGGAAAUUGCAACCGCUUUCCCUUCAUCAAAUACACUGCUGUGCUAUCUCCACCUUUUAAGAAAUAAUCAAAACAAUGAAAAUGGCCGUAAAAUAGUUAAACUUCGUACUGAGAAGCUAUUUUAUGAGCCUGCAUUUAAGUGUAAAGAUGAAGAGUCGAAGGAUACUGCACUUUACAAUUUAUAUGCAUUACAAGCAUGUUUAAUUAUUCUAUUUUCGCUUUGUAGGAUUUUGAAGGAUGAGGUGCAUUGGGUAGCAUACUAUGCCGACAAGUACAUGCAUUUGGGCAAUCGCUCUUCCAGCAGAGUCGAAGGAUCUCACUCUUCCCUCAAGGCGGCACUUGGGACAUCAUCGGGUAAAUUGGCUCUUGUUUCACAUAAGGUUGAUUUAUGGGCAGCAGAAAAGCGAGACCUUAGAAAUUUGAAAAACGAGCAAGAAAUGUUCAAAAGAAGUCAACUACAAGGCAAGGUGCCUAAGUUUGGUAUGGACAAAAUCAAGCUUGAACUUGCUAUGCUUUUCUCUGACCCUUCUUGCAUACCACUUACGCAAUGCAGUUGCUAUUAUCGCAACAAUUACAGACUUUCUUGUAAGCAUGUACUUGGCCAAUUUGGUGUUAUUCCUCUCAACAUCAUAUCAAAAAGAUGGUUAAGCAUCAGCUCGCUGAGCGUUAUUCAAAAUCAUAUGCGUGCAAUUGAAGAACCAAAAGCUGAUCCAGCCCUAAUUGAUGCAAAUUUGUAG